AACAUCUUAUCUGGAUUAAUUAUGUAGCGUUUUGCUUCGUACCAUUUUGGCUCUCUCAUCGUCGGAGGCGAAAAGGGAAUCGGCCGUCGCCGGCGAAGGAUUGAGGUCGGCGGAAAGAUUGUUGGACUGAUGUCAAUUGCGAUGGAGAGUGGGGCGGGGAUCGGAGGGUCGGGAUUCGCUAGGAGAAUCGCAUGCGUCGCGAUCUUUGAUGCGGCGGAGAUGGAGGAGAGGAAGCGGAUGGAUCCUUCGCCAUCGCCGGUGGAGACGACGGUGGCUUCGUCGACGUCGACCUCGUCGUCAAUCGGGAAGGAUAGCGAUGAGGUGGGGUCGCAGGAGGAUGAUCGGGAAGGAGAGGUGCAGAGCGCGUACAAGGGGCCGCUGCUGGGGACGGAGUCGCUUGAGGAGUCGCUGCCGGCUAGGCGAAGCAUUUCCAACUUCUACACUGGUAAAUCUAAGUCAUUCACAAGUUUGUCAGAUGUGGUGGCUUCCUGUGAUUCUGCGAAGGACCUUGCCAAGGAGGAGAAUUCCUGCACUCGCAAGCGAAAGAACCUCCUUGCAUUGAAGAUAAUGUUGGAGAGGCCACAAAACACGUUGAAAAGUUCAGGAGGUGGCAUAACCAAAAAGCUAACUGCUCCCACUCGAAGCACAUUGGCCAUUGCAGCUGCUUUGAGCGGCUCUCCUAGACACAGCAAUGGAGGUGAAAAUGUGAACGAUCUGCAGCAGAAUGCCCUACCACCUCUGCCUCGGCUUGGUAAAUCUGUGGCCACUACUGCUUCUGAAGUUGUCUUAUCUUCACCUCAGCAGUACUCUUUUCCAUUGCGAUCAUUCUCAUUGGGUGAUCUAUCAGGAAUGGCUAAUCUUGGAUCUACCAUUGAAACAGUGCGAUGCCAAUCGCAUUGUUCACAUCGUGAGAAUGGCAUAGAUUUUGACGUUUGGAUGGAGCAGCUUCGAACGGUAAACGACACAGAUUUUGACGUUCGGAUGGAGCAGCUCCGAAACGGUAAACGAUGGUUUAGCGUUAGGCUGAAGAUAGCCUUAAAAAAUUGUAAUAGAACCAAAGAACAAUUUGAUGAGGUGUUUGACAUUUUGAAAGCUUGAUGGUAUUAUUGUACAAACCAAAUUUUUUGUUGAGGAUGAAUAUGUCUCUGCCUUAUAAAUUUGUUUUGUAAUAAGUGCAACACAGAUAUUAGGGAUUUACAUAUACGUCUGAGAAUAAUCUU